AUGUCGUUUUAUAUCCAAACACCAGCCGUCGGUGAUAAGGGCAGACAGUGUGACCAACCAAAAGUGGCUGACCGUUUAAAAGUAAACGGGUCUUUGCUGGGGUGGUCCUCAGAGGCUCAAGGCCGUCGUUUCUGGAGACGGCAGGAUCACAAGACCGGCCACCUUGGUAAAUCGGUGGUCACAUCGAGUGGCCGAGCAAACGGGACGGUGGCCGCGGGAGGACCGUCAAUGGCUGGGAUGGAAAGCGCGGGGCGGCGGCCGGCCAAUGGGAGCGGGAGAAGGAUGCAGCUGCCGCGGCGGCGAGAGUUCAUGGCAAAACGUGUUGAACGGAGGAGGUCGCGGUACGCGUCGCGUUUCACCCGCUCGGCCAAUUCCGUCUCUCACAGCAACACCGUCUCCAAGCGACGGGAGCGAGUGAGACCACACGAUCGGAGAAUAACAUAG